AUGAAAAACAGGGAAAAUCCUCAAACUGAAUCUGCUGAAGAAUAUUUUAGAGUAACGCUCAUUAUUCCCUUUCUUGAUAAUUUACUAAAUGAUUUAAAAUCUAGAUUCGAUGAAGAUUUGAUGUCAGUUUAUGAUGUGGACGUGGUGCUGCCCAACACAAUUAAAAUAAAAUCCAUUUUUGAUGACAAAUGUAAAUUAGAAAAUAGAACAAAAAAUGUAAUUAAUCAAUUCGGUGAUGUAGUAGCUUGUGAAAUAAAUAUACCUAGAGAUGUUUUAGAAACUACGUUAAUGGGUGAAUUUGAAGUUUGGCAUAAUAAUUGGUUGCAAGACGAACAAUUUACCUUCAUCGCCUUCAGAAGUUCUCAAACGAUGUGA